AUGUCUCGUCAUCGUCGUCAGGCCUCCCUGGUCCUCCCGCCGGAGAUAAUCACCGGAGAUGACCCACCAAAAGCCUCUGACUUUGGCCAACAUGGUGUCGUCAUCUCCGGUGACACUGGUAAAAGUGGGUCAACUUCUUCUGUCACUCAUCAUGUUCAAAAGACGACGACGACAACAACAACAAACCAAGAUGCUUCUUCACCGGCGCCGGCUAAGACUCAGCCGACCG